UGAACAAGGUGUGUGAUCAGCUUUCCUCAGCAGCCCAGAGCUGUCAACGAGAACUACAUUCCCUUACCUUUACCAGCAUAAAAUCUAUAUCGUAAAUACAAACGGGAUUUUUAAAAUGGAUAGCCACCAAGGAAGUUUGAAGAAGCCUCUUUGUCUUGCGGUUUUGGACCAUCUGAGCCCUGCAGCCUGAGUACUAACAUUACCCUUUUUAUUAUUUUGACCCUAUAGAAACAGAAAGCUCUUUAUCGAUUCUUUGCUCAUUAACAUUAAAACUGAAGUUUCCAAAUGGAAGCCACAGGUUUUGUCUCGCUCUUUUAUUCCGCUGCUCCAUCUUAUACCUUUUCUUUCCUUUCUAACCUGUCCAGCCCUUCCCCUUCUCCCUCAGUCUAUCCCUCCCCAAGUGUUGCCUCCACAGCUCUUUUUUGUUUUUCUCUCUCACUCCUUUCACUCCUGGGCAUUCUGGGAAACCUGUACACUCUGGGGCUUCUCAUUCAGCGCCGCAGGGGCCCCAGAAGGAGAGGCAGUAUGUCAUCAAGCUGCUGUUUCACUCCUGCUUGCCUUAGAACCUUUUCCCCAUCUCACUCUCCUAAUACCUCCCCCACUUCGUCCUCCUUGUCUUCUUCUUCACUUCAUAUGCAGGUUCUGAGUCUGGCAUUGGCAGAUCUGCUUUACCUCUCCACUGCACCCUUUAUUGUAUAUGACAGCCUGGCAUCUGAUUGGGCUUUUGGUGAACUCGGCUGCCGCCUCCUGCUCAGCCUGGACCUGCUCACCAUGCACGCCAGCAUCUUCACACUGACUGCAAUGAGUUUGGACCGAUACCGUGCUGUAGCAGAUCCACUUGCUGCCUCUUCAGCUCCUACCUCAGGCCUGCGGCGUGUGGUUCUGGCAUGGGGCCUCGCUGUGGCACUCAGCCUACCCAUGAUGAUCACUUUGCACCUGGAAGAUGGAGAAAACCAGGAGGGCAAGUUGUGUGUUCCAGCAUGGGAUGAGCAAAGCUCCAAAGCUUACCUCAGUGUAUUAUUCUGCACCAGUAUCCUAGGACCAGGCCUGGCUAUUGGGGGUCUAUAUGCAGCCUUAGGGCGUCACUACUGGGUUUCACAGACACAGAUGGCCUGGGCUGGAGGAUGUAGCGCCAACCCACCCCGUGCUCCUAGACCCAAAGUCCUGCUCCUCAUCCUGGGAAUUGUUCUUGCAUUCUGGGCCUGUUUCCUCCCAUUCUGGAUCUGGCAGUUGCUACCACUCUAUCGACCAGACAUUCUACGUGUUGUACCUGUAGGCACACAGGUCACUGUGAACCGAAUCCUAACAGGGCUAACAUAUGGGAACUCAUGUGUAAAUCCAUUUUUUUACACAUUACUGACAGGAAAGCGCCAACGGACCAGCAGACAGGCAGCAAGCACAUCUGUUCCAUUCUGCCAGAAGGGAAGCUCUGUUCACUAGUGAAACCGCUUUUUACCUGCCCAACAAUAAGUGCACUUUUUACAACUCAUUUGUUAGUUCCUUUUUCUUAGUAUAACACACAAUACAGUACAUUCAUUCAUAUCUCAUCACUAUAAUCAAUUUAUUAGGGUCAGGGUUCUUUGCAACCUAUCCUGAAAUGAACAGGGUUAUAUAUUAUUCUGGUACUUGUAUUUAAUUAGCAGCCUUAUUGUUGCAAUCAAAUAUAUUAAGUAAACUGUUCACUUUAAAUGGUCAUUGGUUUUUGAAUUCUUCUAGGUUCUAGUAGAACUGACUAGGGUGUCAUCAAAAUAUUUUCUCUACAAAAUAAAAAUUAAUAAUCAGCUUAAACAAGCCUCUUGUGCUUUUUAAAAGCAAGGCUUAUAAACAACAUUGACUAGCAGACAGCUAAUUAUUACAUACUGUUGAACAAAAGUGUCAAAAACAUCUGUUCAAGGAGACACCAAAGACACAAGAUUAAAGGGACAACACAAGUGUUGAAAUGAUUUGUGGCUUGCCCAAAGGGAAUUUUCAAUACAGGUGUGAAGCAUUUAAAAACCAAACUGGUUUAUUAGCUCUAAUGAAGGGAACGGCCAUAUAUUCAAAUUAGGCUCAAAGCCAAAGAACAAUUCCCACUGGACUUUGCUCUUUGAAGAGGUUAAAUAUUAAUUGUCUCCAUUUUUUCAGAUUUGUAAAUGUGUAUCAACUCACAUACUGUAAAGCAAAUUAUUUUUCAAAAAGCAAUGCUUUACCUUUGUACAUUAUUAUGUGUGGUCCCAAUUCUGUCUAUUUGUGUUCUACUGAUUUUACUUUACUGAAUGCUUUGCUCUAAUUUAGGUGUAUGAAAAGACAUACUGCAUUCUAGAAUAGAAGACGCUUGCCUAAGGAAUUAGAUAGUAUCCUUUGUAUUCAGUCUCUGUCUUCUAUGACUCUUGAAUGCCUUAGGCUUUGUUUGCCUUUUACAGCAAACGCAUUUAUUUUUGCGUCUGCCUUUUCUCUGCAUUGCUUUGCACAAGUCAUAGUCACAAACAAUUAUACCGUAUACAUGCAU